CUCUCCUAAAGCCUCCGUCGGACUUUUCAGUUCACCUUCGCAAUAUCGCCUCUCUGACUCAUUCAACCACCAUCUCUACUAAUUCACUCACUCAUCACUAUUCGUGAGUUUGAUAAUCUUGUGUGAGUUAAUAAUCCUAAAGGAGUCGUCGGAAGGUUUCAAGAGCCCCCUGAUUGUAUGUAUGUUGAGACAGGUUCCGACCUGCAAAGGUGGGCGCUUUAAAGGAGUUUUGAAGUCCGUCGGAGCUGUAGUUCGAGAUUUUUCAGUAUCUGCAAAUGCUUUGCAAGAGCGUGUGAAUGGUUGGAAUGAAAGUAAAGAGAUUGAUGAUGUCCACACACUUUUCAGAUACUGCACUAAUUUGCAGUCAGCGAAAUGCCUUCACGCACGUCUCGUUGUAUCUGAAUCGAUCCGAAACGUUUGUAUCUCAGCUAAACUUGUUAAUCACUACUGUUAUCUUGGGAACGUUGCGUUGGCUAGGCAUACGUUUGAUCAUAUCGAGAACAGAGAUGUUUAUGCUUGGAAUUCGAUGAUCUCUGGUUAUAGCCGUGCGGGAGAUUCUUCAGGGGUUAUUAGGUGUUUUAGUCUGUUUAUGUCGAGUUCUGGACUUGGACCUGAUUACCGAACUUUCCCUUCGGUUUUGAAAGCUUGUAGGAAUGUGAUUGAUGGGGAUAAGAUUCAUUGCUUAGCUUUGAAGUUUGGGUUUUUGUGGGAUGUCUACGUUGCUGCGUCGCUGAUUCAUUUGUAUUGUCGGUAUGGAGUGGUGGGUAAUGCACGCAGGCUGUUUGAUGUAAUGCCUGUUCGAGAUAUGGGUUCUUGGAAUGCGAUGAUUUCAGGGUAUUGUCAAAGUGGGAAUGCUAAAGAGGCGUUGGCUUUGUCUGAUGGGUUGAGAGCUAUGGAUUCAGUUACUGUUGUAAGUCUCCUUUCGGCUUGCACAGAAGCUGGUGAUUUUAAUAGAGGAGUUACGAUUCAUUCGUACUCGAUCAAACAUGGACUGGAGUCUGAGUUGUUUGUCUCCAACAAGCUGAUUGAUCUGUAUGCUGAGUUUGGUAGCCUUAGGGAUUGUCAGAAGGUUUUUGACAGGAUGAUUGUGAGAGAUUUGAUUUCUUGGAAUUCCAUUAUUAAGGCUUACGUGCUGAAUGAGCAGCCGCUUAGAGCGAUUUAUCUGUUUCAGGAGAUGAGGUUAAGUAGAGUUCAACCAGAUUGCCUUACUUUGAUUUGUUUGGCUUCUGUACUUGCGCAGUUAGGGGACAUUCGUGCUUGUGGAUCUGUGUUGGGUUUCACUUUGAGGAAAGGCUGGUUCUUGGAAGAUGUUACCAUUGGAAAUGCAGUUGUGGUUAUGUAUGCAAAACUAGGCCUUGUAGAUUUAGCGAGAGCAGUGUUUAAUUGGCUCCCGAAUAAAGAUGUCAUUUCGUGGAAUACUAUAAUAUCUGGUUAUUCGCAGAAUGGUUUUGCUAGUGAAGCAAUGGAAAUGUAUAACGUAAUGGAGGAAGAAGGUGGAGAGAUAGUUCCUAACCAAGGGACUUGGGUGAGCGUUUUGCCUGCUUGUGCUCAGGCUGGAGCAUUGCGUCAAGGUAUGAAACUCCAUGGUCGUCUCUUGAAGAACGGUCUUUAUUUGGAUGUUUUUGUUGGCACAAGCCUUGCUGAUAUGUAUGGAAAAUGUGGACGACUAGAGGAUGCACUCUCUUUGUUUUAUCAAAUCCCGAGAGUCAACUCGGUACCAUGGAACACCCUAAUAGCGUGUCAUGGGUUUCAUGGGCAUGGGAAGAAAGCAGUGAUGCUGUUUAGAGACAUGCUUGACGAAGGAGUGAAACCAGAUCACAUUACAUUUGUGACUCUGUUGUCAGCUUGUAGCCAUUCUGGGCUAGUAGACGAAGGUCAAUGGUGCUUUGAUAUGAUGCAAACAGAUUAUGGCAUAACACCGAGCUUGAAACACUACGGUUGUAUGGUAGAUUUGUUUGGUCGAGCUGGUCAGUUAGAAACCGCGUUUAACUUUAUAAGAAGCAUGCCACUUCAGCCUGAUGCAUCUAUUUGGGGAACUCUUCUCAGCGCUUGUAGAGUCCAUGGAAACAUCGAUCUGGGAAAAGUUGCAUCUGAACAUUUGUUCGAGGUUGAUCCCGAGCAUGUUGGCUAUCACGUUCUAUUGUCAAACAUGUAUGCUACUGCUGGAAAAUGGGAAGGAGUUGAUACAAUAAGGUCCAUGGCCCGAGGGAAAGGUUUGAGGAAAACACCGGGUUGGAGCUCGAUGGAAGUAAACAACAAAGUAGAAGUCUUUUACACGGGAAACCAAACACAUCCAAUGUAUGAAGAGAUAUACAGAGAAUUAACAGCAUUACACGCGAAACUGAAGAUGGUUGGAUAUGUACCGGAUCAUAGAUUUGUGUUGCAGGAUGUUGAAGACGAUGAAAAAGAGCAUAUCCUCAUGAGGCAUAGUGAAAGAUUGGCUAUUGCAUUUGCACUUAUCGCCACUCCUGCAAAGACAACGAUUCAGAUCUUCAAGAAUCUCAGGGUAUGCGGUGAUUGCCAUAGCGUAACAAAGUUCAUAUCAAGAAUCACUGAGAGAGAGAUCAUUGUGAGGGAUUCAAACCGGUUUCAUCAUUUCAAGGAUGGAGUCUGCUCUUGUGGUGAUUACUGGUGAUAUUUUUUUUUGAAAAACCAAUGCCACUGUAUUCAAAUCAAACCGGUUCCAAUCAAUUUUGAACCAGGUUUAUAUAUAUAUCUCUGGUCAAGGAAGACUUUGGGUGGGAAAAAGAUUCCAACUUUGCUUACGAAGGUUAAGUCACAACAAAGAAAGCUUCUUUAUUUCGGCAAUGGGCACAGCCUGUCUUAGUCAUGUGGACAGCUUGUGGUUUACUUUAGCAGAAAGUCACUCGGCAAAGGACGAGACGUGUGAACGGUUUCAAUCGUUGAAUCCUCUCAAAUCUUUUGGUUCUACUAUAAAUUAUUGGGUUACAGAAAAGAUGGCACUUUGUUUUUGUUUUUUCUUUGUGCUUAAUAAAUCUAUUGAGAAUUCAUUUUUUUUUGUUCAAACAAUGUAAUCAGUCUUUUAAUUAGUGUGUCGGAGGAAAUAAUUGCGUUUAAACACA